AUGAAUAAUCUAGUGAUAGAUUUAAUAAUUUUUAUAAUCACAAUUUGUUUUGUUAUAUUACCAAAAUUUCAUAUACCAUUACCAUCUGAAAUUGGAGAUAAAUCUAUGAUACAUAUAUUUGAAAUUUGUUUAAGAAUUUUUAAUGAAUAUCUUGGUACUAUUGUAGGAUAUUUUUGGGGUCAUGAAGGACGUGUGAGAUUAGCAAGAUUUAUUACAAAAACAGCAUUUAUUAUAAAACCAUUAAAGCCUAAAUGGUUAAAUAUAUUUAAUAAAAAUAUAAGUAAUGUAGAGUGUCGUGUAUAUCAACCAAAAGGAAAACAUAAAAAAAAUGACCAUGCUAUAAUAUUUAUUCCAGGAGGAGGUUGGUGCUUUUUAGAACCAAAUUUUUAUGAUCAAGUAAUUUUUCAAAUAAUAAAGCGUCUAGGAUGUUUUGUUAUAUCAAUUAAUUAUUCUAAAGCACCAGAAAAUAUUUUUCCAUGUGCUGUUAAUGAAUGUGAUAGAGUUGUAGAGGAAUUUUGUACAAAUAUAUACAAAGAAUAUAAUAUUGAUCCAACAAAAAUUGUUUUAAUGGGUGAUUCAGCUGGUGGUAAUCUUGCUACAGUUGCUGCACAAAAAUCAAUGAGAAGAGGAAAUAAAUAUUUGAAAUGUCAAGUUUUAAUUUAUCCAUUAACAUCAUGCUUGGAUUUUAAAUCACCAAGUUACCAAAAAUAUUAUAAUGAAUACCUUCAUACAGCUAUCCUUCAUCCAAUGGCAAUGGCUAGAGGAAUCCUUCUUUAUACAGGCUGCAAAAAAACUGAAGAAAAUGCAUAUAAAAUUUUAAGAAAUCAACAUGUAUCAAAAAAAAUAAGAUAUUCCAAAAAUUAUAUAGAUUUUCUUGAUCAUAAUAAUUUACCAUUAGAAUUAAUAUCAAUAAAAUCAUAUACAAGACCAAAAAUAUAUGAAGAAGAUGAAGAUUUGUCGAAUAUUUUUGCUCACUUUGCUUUAAAUCCAGAUUUUGCUCCUAUUGUUGCAGAAGAUUUACAUAAUAUGCCAAAUACAUUCAUUGGAACAUGUGGAUUUGAUAUUCUUCGUGAUGAUGGUAUGUUAUAUGGAAGUAAACUUAAGAAAUUUGGUAUUCCUGUUGUUAAUAAAUAUUAUCCUAAAGGAAUACAUGGAACAUUAAAUAUGCCAUUUAGUUCUACACAAAAAGAGAUGGUUAAUGAUAUAUGUGAAUAUUUAGAAAAACAAUUAAAUGAUUAA